AUGGAGCUCCUGACGGCCACGCCGCCCGCGUCGGUCGCGACGCCGCUGAGACGCACGAACUCGACCGACGGCGGUGCCGCGCCGCGGCCGCACGCGCCGGCGCCGCGCGCCCGCACGAGGCUUCAUGCCAUGGCAGCCCCUGGCCCCUCAGCACAGCCGUGGCGGCGCCUCUCGCCCAUGGACGCGACGCAGCGCCCCACGGAGCUGCGCAGCUGCUUCUUCGGCGGCAUGGACGAGGCGCUCUGGUCGCACGCGCAGCCGCAGCAGCGGGGCCUGGUGCCCAUGGAGGAGGAGGAGGGGGAGGCCCUCGGCGCGCUCGUGUCGCGCGUGUGGCAAGCCACGGAGGCCCUCGACGACGUCGACGACAUGUGUAUUAUCACCGCGUCGGACGACGACUGGGAGGGAUGCGGGUGCGCGGCCCCCUGGCGCUGA